AUGAAUAAUGGGACAUCGCCAUUGCAAUUGCACCACCACCGCCAACGCCGUCCCACUAAAAAUACGGGCCUGACGUCUGCACUGCGACUGCCGCCCCGUAACCAGCCCGCUAUUGUUGUUGUUGUUGUUAUUGUUAUUGUCUUCUUACUUCUUCGCGCAUGCGCCUGCGUCUGCAUGUUCAUUGGCUACGCCUCGACACUCAGUCCCAACUCCGCUCUUCUGGCUCACCCUCCGCACGCCGACUCUUUCUAA